AUGGAUAGAAGCUCAAUCCCACAUGUGACAAGCAGCGCCGUGAACAAUAAUAAUCAGGGCAAUAAUGGAAAUAAUACGGCUUUAAGCAUCGAUAUCUCUAACAUCGAUGCUAAUACAAAAGCGUAUAUAGAUGCAGCCUGCCAAGCAUCGUCAAAUGCAAUUAUCUGCACCAUCAAGUCAUACAUUAAUCAGACAACCACAACACAAAUGGACCUGAUUAGUAAGAUGAAUAAACGAUUAGACACUUUUAUUACUCAACAGCAAAAACAGAACCCCAACUCAACAAAGACAGGGAAACCAGGACAGCACCACCAACAGAAGUCACAAUCAUGA